GUAUUCUUUUCAACUUCAAGAUUUUUCAUAUUAUUUUCUGCUUGUAGAGUAUCAUUCUUCAGGCAUUCUAUCUCUUGUUUCUGGCCAAACGAAGACAUUCAUUUUUGGCUUGACUAAUUUUUUUCCGCAUUUUUUCUUUGCAACGCGGAACACCAAGAACUAGCCCAAACGUCACUCAUAUCCCUCAUCAGGCGGGACCUUUUGGGAGACUCCUUUAGAUAUUGGCACUGACUGCCAGAGUCACUAUAUUCUCAAUAUGCCUGUCGUCAACGUCGACGAAUUGGUCCGUCUUCAGCGGAAACCCGAUGACAUUCGGAAUAUUUGCAUUCUAGCCCACGUCGAUCAUGGAAAGACAUCCCUAACAGACAGUCUUAUCGCCACAAAUGGCAUCAUCUCCCCCAAGUUGGCGGGCAAGGUCCGCUACCUGGACUCUCGUCCAGAUGAACAGCUACGAGGAAUUACAAUGGAAUCCUCCGCUAUCUCUCUAUUUUUCUCCAUGCUCCGUCGCCCGGCUCCAGAGGCUGCGCCGGUUCCAAAGGAGUAUCUGAUCAACCUCAUUGACUCGCCCGGGCAUAUAGACUUCAGCAGUGAGGUCUCAACGGCAUCGCGUCUAUGCGACGGUGCUGUGGUCCUUGUCGAUGCAGUCGAGGGUGUUUGCAGUCAAACGGUAACAGUGCUGCGCCAAACCUGGGUCGAGCAGUUAAAGCCGAUCCUGGUUAUUAACAAGCUCGACCGACUGAUCUCGGAACUGAAAAUGACUCCGGGUGAGGCCUAUUCUCAUUUGAGUCGACUUCUAGAGCAAGUCAAUGCGGUUAUUGGUAGCUUUUACCAGGGUGAACGGAUGGAAGAGGACCUUCAAUGGCGAGAGCGCAUGGAAGAUCGCAUCAAUGCAUCUGCAGCUCAAAAUAAAGACCAAUCUAAGAAGCAAGCGCAAGAUGAGGAGUCUAUCAUGGAUGGGACAGAAUUCGAAGAACGCGAUGAUGAAGACCUUUACUUUGCCCCCGAGAAAAAUAACGUGAUUUUCUGCAGCGCAAUCGAUGGCUGGGCAUUUACCAUUCGUCAAUUUGCCGCGAUAUAUGAAAAGAAACUUGGGAUCAAACGGUCUGUCCUUGAGAAAGUCCUGUGGGGUGAAUACUACCUCGACCCUAAAACAAAACGUGUCUUGGGACAAAAGCAUCUGAAGGGAAGAGCAUUGAAACCCAUGUUUGUUCAGUUGGUCUUGGACAGCAUAUGGGCUGCAUAUGAAGCUACAACAGGUGGAGGCAAAGGAAAAGGUGACCCGGUUCUGUUGGAAAAGAUCACAAAGUCAUUAAAUAUCAACAUCCCGCCUUAUAUUCUGCGCUCACGCGAUCCUAAAAACAUCAUGACCACCUUAUUCUCUCAAUGGCUGCCCUUGUCUACUGCGCUACUUGUGUCAGUCAUUGAAUAUCUUCCUAGCCCUCGAACUGCUCAAGCCUCCCGUCUACCAGAAAUGAUUAAGGAGUCGCCAGGUUCCAAAUUCGUGGACCAAAAGCUGAAGGACUCUAUGGCGAAUUUCAAGACAGGCCCAGAGGAGCCUGUAGUUGCGUACGUCAGUAAGAUGGUCGCCAUUCCAGAGAGCGAGCUUUCAUCGAGCAAGAAGCGAACCGGUCCAGGUAUGUCAGCAGACGAGGCCAGAGAAUUUGCGCGACGGAAGAGAGAAGAAAUCGCCAAGAUGCAACAGGCAGAAGCCACAGAUGAUCAGGACGAAUAUUCGCGAAUCACAUCGGGACUUCAAAGAACCACCUUGGACGAUGAUGCCGAGAAGGAAGACGAGGCUGAGGAGCCUGAAGACCCAGAGCAUCUCAUCGGUUUUGCACGUCUAUACUCUGGAACCCUUUCGGUUGGAGAUUCCGUGUAUGUGUUGGCACCCAAAUUCUCGCCAGCAGACCCCCAUGCUAGCCCUGAGCCGCAGAAGGUGACCGUCACCGAUCUGUACCUUCUCAUGGGAAGAAGUCUGGAACCACUUCAGUCAGUUCCUGCAGGUGUGGUUUUCGGAAUUGGAGGCCUUGCCGGUCAUGUUCUCAAAACGGGUACUCUCUGCUCCCAGCUUGAAGGAAGUAUCAACUUGGCUGGUGUCUCUUUGCACUCACCACCCAUCGUGCGUGUGGCUCUUGAGCCAUACAACCCCGCAGACCUGAGCAAAAUGGUCACAGGUCUACGUCUCCUCGAGCAAAGUGACCCUUGUGCACAAUAUGAGGUCCUCCCCAGUGGUGAGCAUGUCAUCCUGACUGCUGGUGAACUGCACCUUGAGCGCUGUAUCAAGGAUCUCCGUGAGCGUUUUGCCAAGUGUGAAAUCCAGACCGGUGAAACAAUCGUACCAUAUCGAGAGACAAUCGUCAGCGCAGCCGAGAUGCCUGCCCCCAAGAACCCUGAAUGGGGCCGGGGAGGUGUCCUGACGAUUUCACCUUCGAAGCAGCUCACUCUCCGAUUGCGAGUUGUGCCAUUGCCCGAGGCCGUUGCCGAAUUCUUCACCAAGCAAGUUGGUACCAUUAAGCGACUGCAGUCUGAAAAGCGUCUGUUUGGCGAAUCCAAACCCGACGCAGAAGUGUCAAAUGGGGCGUUGGAGACCAACCAGUCAGUAGAAACCGGCGAUGCCACCGACGAGGCCCGAGAGGGAACUAUCCUCUCGCUCAAGGAAUUCCGAAACGAAUUGAACAAAUUGUUUGACGAUGUCAAGGAAGACAAGGAUCUGUGGAAGAAUGUCGUCGACAGAAUCACAGCCUUUGGUCCCCGGAGAAUCGGUCCUAACAUCUUGGUUGAUGCUACUUCGGUCAAUACGUGCGAGAAAUUUCUGCUCGAAGACCCGAAGCAACAACCCAGCAUCCCCACAGAGGGCAACAACCGCGACGCAUUGAUUGUGCGUGAUUUCUGUGACAAGAUCGCAUACGCAUUCCAGCUUGCCACAGGCCAAGGCCCUCUCUGUCAGGAACCCAUCCACGGAACCGCCAUCUUCCUCGAAGAACUGGCCGUCAACGGCACUGAGGAAGAACUCGACCUGGGCCGAUUGACAGGCGAGGCGAUCAGGCUCGUGCGCGAGGGUAUCACCCAGGGAUUCCUUGACUGGAGCCCUCGCAUCAUGUUGGCAAUGUACAGUUGCGAGAUCCAAGCAUCGACCGAAGUUCUCGGUCGUGUCUAUGGUGUCAUUACCCGCCGACGAGGCCGCAUCCUCUCCGAAACCAUGAAAGAAGGAACUCCCUUCUUCACAAUUCUUGCCCUCCUCCCCGUCGCCGAGUCAUUUGGAUUCGCGGACGAAAUCCGCAAACGUACCUCUGGUGCCGCGCAGCCCCAGCUUAUCUUCGCGGGCUUCGAGGCUCUGGACGAGGAUCCAUUCUGGGUUCCUGCUACUGAAGAGGAGCUCGAGGAUUUGGGCGAGUUGGCGGACCGUGAGAAUGUUGCUAAGAGGUAUAUGGAUGCUGUGAGGACUAGGAAGGGAUUGGUGGUUAAGGGAAGGAAGUUGAUUGAUGCUGAGAAGCAGAAGACUUUGAAGAAAUAAACAGGGUCGUGGUUUUCUAGAAUAAAAUGAUAUUUUGGCAUACGUCUGGGGUUGUGCAUAUUAGGAUAAAAAGUUGUUUUGAUUUUUGUGAUGGUAUUGUUAUUAUCUAUACAUUUGUUUACGAAGUUUUAAAAUGAAGUAAAUAUGUACCCUCAGUCAUUAAAUGACUCCAAAUCCCAUCGCAAAUC